AUGAAGCCAAAGAAAUCUGACGAAAGAAAGACUUUGCUGUCCGUUGUUAGCAAUGAUGAAGGAGAGCGAAUUCAGAAGGAGAUUUCGACCAUAAGGGGAGAUACAGUUAAUGUCGAGGAGAAUGUGAAUCCGUUUGACUGUGUCGAGAAGAUUGAAAGACUUAUGAAAAAAAAGCGAUGCGGAUUAUUUUUUUCUGUGACGAAGGAGAAAAGAUUGGUUAUUGGGAGGGUCUUUAAUGAUGAGAUGAUUGAUAUUAUUGAAUUUAGUAUUGACAAGUACAUGAGUGUUUCUGAUUUUGAAUGCGUGUCGCCGGAAUUACACAUGAAGUAUUUUGUAGUUGUCCAUAAUAUUGGCGAUGUUCGACUUGAAAAUCUUGUGGUGGACAUGCUGAACAUGAAGAGCAACAAAGUAUGUCUUGAGAAUAUCAAGUAUUGUUGGGUGUUUGCAAGGACUGAAACAGGAUAUGUGUUAAAGUAUGUUAGGGUGAUGAAAGAUAUGAGCACGGAGGAUUGUGGACCGCUAUUUGAGAUGCAGUUGAUACGAAGUCAUCAUUGUGAUGAAGAGGUGUACAAGAAGGCACUGGACGAGCCUGGAAAGGGAUUUAAGAACAUUAAGAAGAAUGUGUUCAAUGACAAGAUAGGUACGCUGCAUAUAAACAAGCAGGAUCUCAGAGAGUUAAGGCUUAGAAAGGUAAAGGGAUACAAGUGCAGUGAUUGA